AUGUAUGCCGUCGUUGCAUACCCCGUCUAUGGCCUUGCUGCCUAUGUCGCCAUUAUGCUGCUGGCCUUUGUUGGCUACAACGUCCUGCCUUCUCCUCCCUUACUGCUAGGCUUCAUUGCCCGCUCCAUGAGUGCCUACCUUGCUCUGAUGAUAUGCGCAGCCUAUGGUACUAUUGCCAGUGGCAUCCUCAACCUUCUCGAUCUCCACUAUAAAUAUGGUCAGUGGACCACUGCUCGAUCCUUCAAGUAUGUCGGCAAGAUCAUGAUGGGUGUUGAAUUCGAUAUUGAACCAGGUGGACAAGAAAUACUGGACAAGACGAAACCUGCUGUCAUAGUCGCAAAUCACCAAACCGAACUCGACAUCCUCAUGCUUGGUAGCCUCUUUCCACAGAGCUGCUCUGUAACAGCCAAGAAAAGCAUUGCACGAAUACCACUCUUAGGCUGGUAUAUGUUACUAUCUGGUACUGUGUUCAUUGACAGAGCAAACCGUGCCCAGGCUAUGAAGGCAUUCGAAAGAGCUGCGAAGACCAUGAAGGAACGACAACAGAGUGUGUUUAUGUUUCCAGAAGGUACGAGGAGCUAUUCGAGAGAGCCCAUGCUGUUGCCUUUCAAGAAGGGAGCGUUUCACAUGGCUGUUCAGGGCCAAGUCCCGAUCAUACCAGCUGUGGCUGAGAACUACAGCUAUAUCCUGGAUGUGAAGGCGCGAAGAUUCAAUGCUGGAAAGGCUAGAAUACGAGGCAAGAAGACCCUACAUGGAUGUGAUCUCCUCAGGCCGAUCGAAACAAAAGGCAAAACCGCUGCCGAUGUCGACGCCCUCCUCGAAGAAACCCGAGGGGUCAUGCUGAAAGCCCUACACGAGAUGGCACAAGACAACGAGUCAAAGAUGAUUAGCAAAGUGCAAGAGAAGAAGGAGUCUUGA